AUGUCCACCUUUGCCACCCAGAAACGGAUUGGGCUCACUUCGCCCUCUGGCCCUGAACCCAACCAUCUAGUCCCCACGUCAUUGCUCGACGAGGAUGGCAUCACAUUACUGAAUAAAAUUCAUGGUAUUCUUUCUGUAAAAGCGCCCGAGGUUAUCCAGCUUUUGGACCAGUUUUUGGGUAGGUUACCAUUAAUUAUCAAUGAGGCUGUGGAUAGGGAUAAGAGGCUCAGAUCACUCGUUUUUUAUGGUGUUCCGGAAGCCGGUGGCGAUCUUUCUCCGUCUGCGCGUCAGGCACACACGGAGAAGGUUGUCACCGGGAUACUUGAUUCCCUCAACAUCGAGACCCGUCCCGCCGAAGUGUAUCGGAUGGGUCGCGGUGUUGAGGGAAAGCCUCGUCUUGUUAAAUGCGUUUUUUAUUCUAGACGUAUUUCCUUUGACAUUUUGUCUAAGGCACAUAGGUUGCGCUCGACGCACGAAUAUAGGGAUGUAUAUAUUAGAAAAUCAAUGACUAUUGAUGAGCGCAAGAAAGAUCGCGAAUUACGGGAGAGAGCACGUGAACUUGAACAGGAAAGAAGCCAAAAGGGGAAGCAAUGCUCCUUCGUUGUCAAAAAACUAGUGUAUUCGCGUACGAGUUUUUUUUCCUGUUUCUUGUUUAACGCUCGUAGCUUGAAGAACAAGAUUCAUGACCUCCAUUGUCUCAUUGAAAUACUUAAACCUGGCAUUAUUUUUAUCACCGAGACCUGGCUAACUAGCAAAAUUGCUGAUUCUGAACUCUGCUCGGUCUUCCCAUACUCAGUAGUUCGCAAAGAUAGAGUUGGGAAGACCGGGGGAGGAGUAUGUGCGCUCCUGCACAACUUUUUCCUUUAUGAUGAAGUCAAGUUCGAUUGUAAGGUUCUUAGCGCCGAUGUUCUCUGCUUUGAUGUUUUUUUGCCAUCCUCUCGUAAUCAUAGGUUUCUCCUCAUAUUCCUCCUCAUAUAUCGCCCCCCACAGUCUACCCUGUCUCAAGAUGAACAGCUAGUUACAGUGAUUUCUGACCUAGUUUCGACCUCUCCGCAUCAUGUGACCAUUCUGGGGGAUCUGAACCUAAAUAUUGACUGGUGUUCACAUGUGGCGCUCAACUCCGAAGCACAAAAGUUUCUUAGUGCUUUUGAAAGUCUUUCUUUGGAGCAACUAGUAACAUUUCCCACUAGAGGAAAUAAAAUUCUUGACAUCAUUUUGGCAGACGGCAAUUUCAUCUCAGAUAUUUCAGCUCGUGCACCUUUUGGGAGCUCAGACCAUGACAUGAUUUCAUUUAAUAUAUCCGAAUGCGGCUUUCAAAACAAAUUGACACGCUUCAUUGAUUUCUUGCAUGCCGAUAAAGGGAAAAUUAGGCAAGCCCUUUCUGACAUUGACUGGUUAGAAGUUUUAAAUUUCUACGCUGAUGCUGAUGAUGCAUAUAACCGUUUCGCCAGUGUCAUUCACAACAUUAUUUCUCGGCACGUGCCCAUUAAAUAUUUCGAGAAAUGUGCAUCCAGUCGUUACCCCAAACAUAUCGUUAAUCUUUUCGAACAACGUGAAAGGCUGUUCCAUUCUUUUAACGGACCUUCUAUGAAUCCGCUUUUUAUUGAGGUUUCGCGUAAACUUGACUUUCAUUUGAAGCGUUUUCUGGCAUACAAAGUAAGGAAAAUGGCUCAAAGUAACCAUAUGAAGAAGCUUUACGAGUUUAUUAAAAAAGUUAAAUCGACUUCGCACGUGUCUCAUAUCCUGGUAGACUCCGAUGGGCGCAAGUAUUCAACUGAUGCUUCCAAAGCGGAAGCUAUCGCGGACUACUUUGCCAGUGUUUUUGGAAAGGCAAGCAGUGGUAUACAAUCAUUGCCAUCAGUCUCUAACGAAUGCUUUGAAAUGCCAAUAGUUUCUCCCCACGUAGUGCUCAAACAUCUCCGCUCUUUGAAACGGUCCAUGUCUCCCACAGCCGAUGGCAUACCCCAAGUGUUCUACAAAGAGUUCUCCGAUUAUCUGGCUAUCCCCCUUGCUCAUAUACUCAAUAUUUGUCUCCUUCUUGGUGAAGUUCCUAGCGUUUGGAAAAAUUCGUUCGUUACACCCCUGCCAAAAACCUAUAAGUAUCUUACCGACCCCGCUGAAAAUAAUGGAGAAGAUAGUGAAAGAAAAGCUUUGCAUUGGGUUUCGAAACUUCAGCUGAUCCCCACUGAACAGCACGGCUUCCUUCCCGGUGCGUCCACGUGUACGCAACUCAUAGACUGUACGCACUCUUGGACGGAAGCCCUCAACAGUGGAAAA